UUCAUACAUCAUCUCGUGUAGCUGAACUACAAGGUUUCUGUUGAGGUUAGAGAAGGAGCUAGUGAGGAGGAGGCGUAGAGAAGUACUAGAAAGAGUAUAGAAGCCAAAGUGCUUUAGAACUAAGUAGAAUAUCAUUUGAAUUCAGUAUGUUAUAUAUCAUUUGAAAGUUGUCGUGCGGUCCACGUCCUCAUUCAUUUGCCUCUUAUUAAUAUUUACCUUUUUCUUUUAAUACCACCUGAAUAAACCACAACGCAUGCGCAUCUAACGCUUUCGUGGUUUGUUCUACAAAACCCAGAUCACGAAAAAUGUCCUUGAGCGUCCGUCUGACGAAUGCACUGGGCAAAAACGUUGCCACGGUAUCAAUCUUCUCUUCUCCUAUCUUGCUUGGGAGCUAGAUUUAAGCAGGCAGCGUAAAAAUUUGGCAGACCACAUGUUAAGUAGAAGUAUCCAAGUAUCUUCACGUGCAAGAAGUUUUCAUCUUACGGACGAGGUGUGAGUUGUAUCCAAAUGCUGAUGCACCAAACUAUGCACCACAGUGCCUUUCUGGUUCGCUCUGAGGAUGAAUAACCGCACAUUUUUUUCACCUCACAUUUAGGUCGACGUCUCUGUGCCGAACUCACCUGUAAGCGCAGCGUCAUUACGGGACCGGCUGAUCAAGGACUGCAGUGUCCCUCUGAGUUAUGGAAGUUUAUAUAGUUUACAUCAACAUUAGAAUGGACACGAACACGAAUGGCUCUACCGCAUUUCUAUAGUUGUCCCAGUUCCGUAGUUCCAUAUCAAAAGCGUAUGAAAAUGUUGGUUUACAACCAAGUUGACCAGUUGUAAUCACACGUAAGCAACACGACAUCGUUCCUUUUACGAUUGGAAAAAUUGUUUUCACCUCUAUGAUGUUGUUUUUUUUGCUGCGUUCAUUUACGCGAGUCCGAUCUGAUUCAGCGUAGAAGGGGUGAUGGGACCUUAGCACCCGCACAAUGGAUCGCGCCGAAUGACGUGUCCAUUGAAAUUCUGUGUCAAGACAGGUCAUCCGUGGGAUCAGAUGACGCAGGAGAUGCUGUCCUAAAACCAGGAACAUCGAAAGGAACAACAUCGUCCGUCGGCGGUAAAAGUGGCACUUUGGAGACAUGGUUGUCAUCCAAAGUGGUGGGGGUGCUCGACGCGCUGGACGAAGAAGAAGAUGGGUGGCUUGACAGUGAGGAGGCGGACCUCCUUUUCUGCUAUGAGUAUGGUAUGAGCGGGAAGAAAAAGACCAUACCUUCUCUAGAUGAGUAACCUCGUUGUUUGUUUGUAGAUCUUCAAUGUGCAGGCGACGAGUAUCAAACUUGAUGUCAUUGAUUAGUCGUGAAUGACGAGAAUCAUUCAAUAUCCACAAAGGAGAGCCAUCUUCUAGAAGAUAGAACCGCUUUCAUAACCAGUUCUUGCUUUGACAGGGUGACCAAGUCUCUGCUGGGGUCCGAGCAAACAUUAUUGGCUUUUCUAGAGGAGAACCCAACGGUAUCGAGCUUUUCUUUUUUUUACGAUCAUGCAAUUCAGUAUAAUUGUAGUCUGAAAAAGUAUCAUUUCAUGUUUCAAAGUACACAUAAUUAUAAGGUUGAAGUUCCUCUUUCUUUGUCUAAGGUCCUCACCCAGGUUAUCAAUGACUCCGUCCUAUCUUACAGCCCCUUAUCGAAGUGGACGUAGAUGGGCAGCGUAUUCGAAGGAUUCGUGGGUCCGCGGCAAAGGAAGAGGUAUAUGCUUUUGGACUCUUCUCAUGUUUGAACAACGUUGCAAAAUCAUACUUUCUCUCUCUCUUCGAACUCUUUGAUCACCCUGUUGAUGAUUCUUCUUAACUGCGUUCAUGGUAUGAAUCGUAGCAAGUGGGACAAAAAGAUCGAUAAAAUAGCAGCUCCUGACAGCUGAGCGGGAAGAGGAGGGGGCAGCAACAACAACAGCGAAAUUAGGAACACUUGCAGAAUCCGCAGAGGACGCCAGUGAGGCAGGAUCACCGUGUGCGCCAGUAGAUAAUGUAGCUUACCCAGAGACAGGCGAGGAUACAGAGGCUAGCGUUUCUGGGACUCCGAAAUCUACUAGUAGAGCGUCAAACAACGCUUCUAAGACGACACUAUCAGCAGAUGCCGCGGUUUUUACUCCUAGUGCGGUCGUGCCUGGUGUAUCAGCAGAUGGAGUGUCGUUCGUUCCUGGCGGAAUCGCUUCUGGUGGCAUUGCAGUAGUGCCACAGUAUCAGCAUCUGCAACCUCAACUCGCGGCCAUGGCACCAGUAUUAAGACUUACACCCCACGCCUAGAAGUUCACCUUCAAUACUAGUACACCUUGCUAGAGAAAAAGAUAAUAAACCUUAGGGAAAAUAAAGAUAGGACACCUUAGAGAAAAAGAUAGUAAACCUUAGAGAAAAAGAUAGUAAACCCUAUGGAAAAAGAUAGGACAUCUUAGAGAAAAUGAUGGGACACCUUAGAGAAAAGGAUAGUUCAUCUGUAGAUGGUGCACCUUAGAGAAGCUGCUGUCUUCACUUUAGAAAAGAACAGCUCCAAGAUAACCCUUUGGAGGAAAUGUGGAUGAGCUCCUCUAAGAAUAACUCCGCUAACUCAUGGCUAUGUGUACCCAAUACCCGCUUAUACACACCCGGGCCAGAUGUUUGUGGUGCCAGCACCAGUCGCCGCACCACACCCUGUCAAUAUGCGUGCUGUCAAUAAUAUGACUGCAAGAUGAUUCUCACUCAUGAGCCAGGCAGAUCUUGCUAUUAUUUGGGUGAAUAUGCAUAUCCUUGCACACAUCCAUUCCUCGGCAGGUUGCCUUCUGUUGUAGUAGUUUACAAAUGGUUUACCUUGAGAAUUUUCGGUACGUCUAAUUCAUUUGGUAAAUAGUGUGCAAAAUAGUUACACCUGUCUUCUUGGGUAUGAGUCAGAAUCUUCGGUUCAUAUGUAACGCUGUUAUGUCUUCAAGAGUCGCGCCUCUUCUUGUGGGCAAAAAGCAGGCUGCAGUGGUAGAGGAUGGGGAAAGCGACUCUGACGUGGAAGGUGCUUUUUAGUAUUAGAGUUUAGGAACAUCCAUAUAUCAUUUUCGUAUUUGAGUACGCGACCUUGUUGAGCAAAUCUGAAGGAGGUAUGUAUCUAAGAGACCAUCUUUUAUACAAGGAAUUACUGGAAAGAACUCCUCAUGUGAAAACCCGCAAACCCAGAUUCGAUGUAUGCCUUAUCCGAGUUGCGUCAUCGCGCAUCAGUGUGCUUGAACGCUUUCAUCAAAUUUUUGAAGAAGUAUUCGAAGCUAAACUUAUGGCUUACCCUAUUGGGCAUGGGCUCCAUCUUGUUUAGAAGCAUCCUGAUGAAGAGGUGUUUUCCCCUCUUGUGAAGCUUACCCCCAGAAUGUGUAUACAGCUUCUACUACUACUAAACGAUAAGGCUUUCCAAGGGGAAAAGAGGAGAGCACCAGGAAGAUGCUUCUCAUUAGAUACUGUCAGAAAGCUCGGUUACCUCUAAGAAAUUUUGACAGUGCGAAAGCAGUAGGGCUACUUGCGCGUGCGUCACGUUCGCGAUGUUACGAGGAAGUCAUCUGCAGGGUGCGGGACCUACCUCUGCGCGACUUGAGCACCUGCUUGCCGAUUUUAUGUACUUUUUUCUUUUUUCUAGAACUACUUCUUUUUUCUAGAACAACAGUACUUUCUAGAAUAUAUAAUUGACAGUUGGAUAUUUUGUAAUCUCAAGCAACGCCUCCACCUUAGUAAGUGCAGUUUGUUCCAUAUCUUUUUUGAAACAUCAAUUUUGCUCCAGAUGACAGCGUCGCUCAGUAUCUGCAGCCGACGUUGGGGAAAUUAUCGGGUGUCCGUGAGUGUCGGGUGUCGGAUAGGAAAGACGGUUUACAAGUGAAGCUAGAUCUGUGCAGGGAGAUGCCGCUCGAAAUUUUGGUAAAGUUCUGUCCGAAGCUUGUCCAGGUGCAGUAAUCGCGAGGAAGCACGACGUGGGGUAACGUCAAUCGAUAUCGUUAAGACCAUAUCACACGACAGUAAUUGAUUGCAUGCACCUGAAAGUUACGACUACGAGCUAUUCAAUAGUCUGCCAUUUCUCAUACAUAAUCUGUACUUGUCUGAAGGUCCUACAAGUGAUACAGCCAUAAAAAUGGUACGCCUGAAUUUGCGUCAGGGCAAUAAUCGUGAUGCCAUGAUAAAAAUGUUCACUACAACAGUUAGUUGUAGCUGCAUUCAUUUUCAACAACCAAGUACAAAUGUAAAUCUAGUCUCAUUUUUGUUUCAUAUGAUUCAGUAGCUAGUAGUUGUCACUGCAGCUAUAAGAACAUGAUAAUGCUACAAGAAACAAAUUGUGUGUGUUUAAUGGUUAGAUGUCUAAGUCUAAGUCUUCAUAGUAAACCCGCACCCACUAAAACAACAUGCAGAAUUACUCUUUUUCUCCACAUUCCCCACAGUUUAUGCACGAAUAAAACGAGACCCUGCUCUAUUAGCGAUCAAAAGGAUAGCUACAGGAACGACUCUGAAAUGUUGAUAUGUGUACUAAAACUAUAGAUCUACUACUGAUUCGUCACUAGAGGAAUUCAAGUAAAGAUUUCAGAUUUGAGUUUGAGAAUACAGCAAGAAAAGCGAAAUAUCCCAGAAGUCGUGAACAUUUUAGGAGAACAUUAUGAAACAAGAUACCGGAAAGACAAAAUUGGUGGACAGUGAUCUGUUUUGCGAAGGAGGUGUAGAGAAACAGGGAUGUGCCUAUGGCAUGUGUGCGUAU